GGAUGCAGGGCCUGUACCAGGCUGCUGGCUGGGCACUCCUUUGUCUGGGGGUUCUCAGCAUGGUCUCUGGAGUGAUGGCUUUUUUCCCUGUCUUCUCCUACAAGCUGUGGUUCAUAGGAUGGAACGUCUGGAUUGCCUGUCCCCUCUGGAAUGGAGCUUUGGCUGUCACGGGAGGUGUGCUUCUAGUGCUGGCCCACAGAAAAUGGACCCACAGACCCCUGUGGGAGGCCAGCCUGGCCUUCUCAGCCCUGAGCACAUUGGGCAGCCCUCUGCACUUCGCUGUGGCUCUGGAGGCCAUCCUGCUCGGCCCUUACUGCUUCUACUCGCUCUCUGGAGUUGCCGGCACCAACUACCUGGGCUAUGCCGUGGCCUUCCCCUUCCCCUACACCCGGUACCCCACCCUGUGCGUGGAUCCCCCGAAUUAUGAAGCCUACCACCUGGCCCUGCAGGUCCUGGACCUUUUUCUGAGCGUGGCCACACUCUGCGUGUCCCUGGCGGUGCUCCUUGGAUUUGCCGCGAGGCUGCUCCGGACAGGAAACGUGAACGGUCAAAAGAAUGGAUGACAAACCUGAAGCAAUAUUCCUCUUAAAAUCAUUGUAUUUGCGCCCAUCAUCCUGAAAUUCUUGAGGGGUGACUUUGAUCUUUAAAUGUCUUCUUCUGUUAGAAACUGAAAAUCAAAAUACACAUUUUAGCCCUAUUUGAUUAUCAAUCUUGCUUACUUUC